ACGACUUUUGUGUGUUUUGUUUAGAACUCGUCAAAUACUUAAUUUUAAGGUAUCACAUUGAUAGCAAUAUACAUUUUAUCGACACUUAUUCUUUUAUUUCUUUCAGUUUCAAUAGACUUUGACGCAAACAAAACGUAUUUGAGUGAUUCACAACUUAGUUAUACAUUGAUACGUAUUAUAAUCUGCUACUCCACGUUUAACUAUUUAAAUGAAUUCUCCCUUUUUUUACUGUGAAAUUAGUUACUAAAAUAACUACGAACAAAAACAAAUAGAAAAAUCUUCGUAAUUAAUAUUGAUGUUUUUAUAUUCAUAACAGACUGGAGUUGCCUUUUGCUUCCCUUCAAUGCAUGGUGAAUAAAAGUUAACUCGGUCGACUUUAUCUUGAUUCUUCAAACAUUUUUUAAAGAAUCUAAGGACGAAAUCGGUAAUAUUAUCAGUUUAGAACGUCUGAUAUUUUGUCUUUAUCCCAUUUAUAUCAUUAGUUUAAAUCCCAGUGUGGAAUUGACUGUCUUUUAUCACACCGGUAAUAUACUAGGGCCCAUAUAUUCAACAAUACUUCUCCACCACAAGCAUCUUUGAGUCUAAGAAAAACAAAAUUCAAUAAUUUUAUCAAAAUAUUUUUUGCUACUUCAAGAAAGGUCAAUCUCCAUUAACUAUAAAAAUGAAUUUCACUCAAACGGAGAGCAUCAUCAAAAAUAUAAUCAGAGAAAUCAGCCAAGAAUGUGUCAAUAAAGGUCACACUGUCUCAGAAACUCUAGUAGCUUUCAUGGUGAAAGCUGUUGUUCUCAACCCAAAGCAUGGUUUCAAUGUUGAUCGGAAUCUCACUAAAGAGGACAUAAACACAUUAAUCAAGCUGUGUGUUAUAAACCUCUUGAAUCCAAAAUCUCCAUCAUUGGACACUAUAAAAAUGCAGGUUUACUUUGAUAUGAAUUACACCACUCGAGAGCAAUUUCUGGAAGAACAUCGAAGAGUGCUGGAAUCCCGUAUGCAGCCAGUGAUACGAGAAAUCACCGACAGCCGAGCCCAGAUCAAAGAAGAAUUUGAGAAUCUCUAUCACAAGAUUGUGUUAACCAUCCUGCUUCGAUCUGGUCUUGGUAGCCCAUCUGAUUUGUCAGUUGUAAGGGAAGCCACAGCGGCUGUCCAGAGUGUUUUUCCUCAAGCAGAACUUGGGACAUUCUUAGCUUUGGCCAAAGGAGAUAAAGAACGUCAGCUUAUGGAACUGACCAUGAUAAGCACUGGAAUCCGACUGUUUAAUAAGGAGUAUUGCAAAGGUGGAAAAGGUAUUGAUGAUUUGCCAGCCAUUUUGACCAAAGCCAUUCCACAGACGUCAAAAACUAUCGAGAGAGAUAUCCACAAUACAAGUGAAUACAUAAAUAAGUACACCUCUAUUCUUCAUCAUAUUCUGACACUGGAACAAAAGCAAGAUAAAAUAACUCCUGGUCUGUUGAAUCUGAUGAAACAAUCAUUAAUCAAUGUUCGUCAGUUGGAAUCAUUUUUGCACAUCAUUCUGCUUGAUGUGAAGAAUUCUGCAAGUCAAGUUGAAACCUAUGUUAAGGAACUGAACAGUUAUUUGGAAACAAUUAAUUUUACUGUUGAAAACAAGACAGCUGUUCCAACAGCCCAAGUCUAUCCACAAUUUAUUCAUCUGGCCCAGUUGUGGAAUUAUUUACAAGAGGAAAUGGUACUUUUGAGUGUGUACAGCAAUGUGGCAACUUCUCUGGGCUCCUUCUCAAAAGUCCACACUAAUAUUUUCACUGAUUCUGUUAUGAAUCCACUGUUGAAAGGAAUCGAGAUAACAAAUGACCUCGCAAGAAUGUCUUCAUGCAGUGAAAAAGUCGUUGUUGCUGUGGUAAAAGAAUACACAAGUGUUGAAUGGCUGUUUCCUGAUAAUACCACAAAUUUUGACAAGUUGGUUUUAGAAUGUAGGGGUUUCUGUCCUGUGACACUAUGCAAAUAUGAAGGUCUGUUAUUGCGUGGUAACCGUGAUAUUGGAAUUGCAAAGUACCAAAACUAUUAUUAUGCUUUUGCUUCAAAAGAGGAUGCCUAUGCAUUUGCCGAAGAAGCAGACAAAUAUGUGACUUCUAUCAGUGAAAUUGCCAGAGUUAAUCCUGAGUUAAUACAAUUGUUGGAAUUGUAUAACCAGUUUACUUCUAUCACACCACAGAGAAAGGACAGCCGCCGUUAUAUACAUAAGGCUAUUGUUAAAUGUGAAAGUGAAACUCAAACAGACACACAUUUCAUUGAGAAGAAUAUUGUUAAAUCCUAUGAGUGGAAUGAAUGGGAACUUCGGCGAAAGGCUGUUAAACUGACUGAUCUGCGCCAUAAACUAACACAUUCAACUCAAACUGAUGCCAGCAGUCACCGGAAGAUUGUCACUACACAAACUUACUUACCAAAAGACCAGCAAACACAAACCAAGUUAGAUGGUUCAAGUUGUGUACCCCGACCACAGGUAUUCCUGGCUGGCUUGCGUGGCUCUGGAAUGAAAAAACCAACUGUUCUUACCAAAGUGGAUCUUACAUUGGACGUCCAGCAGAAAUAAUAAUAAAAUAUUGUUAUUGCUAAUAUUUUCUUACAA